CAUUGCCAGUGGCUUCAUGGAGACCCAUUAUCUGCAAGAUGGUACUGAUGUCUCCCUCACUCGAAAUUACACGGAUCACUGUUACUACCACGGACAUGUGCAAGGAGAUGCUGCUUCAGUGGUCAGUGUCAGCACUUGCUCUGGUCUCAGGGGACUUAUUGUGUUUGAGAAUAAAACCUACAUCUUAGAACCGAUGAAAAACACCACCGACAGAUACAAACUGGUCCCCGCUGAGAACAUGAAGAACACCCAGGGAUUGUGUGGGUCACAUCAUAACCAGUCCAGCCUCACCAUGGAUGUCUCCCCUGAACCCUCUCAAAUGUGGUCCAGAAGGCAUAAAAGAGAGACCCUUAAGAUGACCAAGUAUGUGGAGCUGGUUAUUGUGGCAGACAACCGAGAGGUAAGGACCUGAAAAACGUCUCAGGACAGUUUGUUUCAAAAGGAAAUAAGAGGAGGUGCUUAGCCAGUUAGGACUAGCUUUGCCUCCUUUGUUGGUGUGUUCUUGAAAACCUUGGAGACAAGCAUUAAAAUUGUGCCUUUCCACUCUGAGGAAGCACAGACUACUUAAUGUGUAUCUAAUAUAACAAAAUAAUUGCAGUGUACCCCUUCCCCAAAAAAAUACAAGUAUUUCUCUGUAGCUAAGCUCUCUAAGUAAGGGAAAUUAUCUAGAGCGAGUGAUGGAUGACCUUAAAUU